CCGGACGGCCGCUCCUGGAGGAGCAUUCUCUGCAGCGCUUAGUCGCUCACAAGACCAGGACAUCGUUGGGCAAAAAACAUCGCGACGCUGACAGGUUGUGCCAGAAGCUCGCUGGCCCACAGAUUCCUCUCUUCUCUGCUGCCGACGUCCAACAAGUUGGUCCAUUUAGAAAACUACUUUCCUGCGCGCUGCCUCGCUACGACGAGAAGUCAUGCACGUGGAGAGGAAAUGGCACAUUCUGUUGACAAUGUCCUUUCUGCUCAUCACCUCGGGCCAGUGUAUGGACACCAAGGACGUCAAGCAGAAAGAAAGAAGGACCCUGUUGGAUCUAAUCUUACAGGUUAUCAAAGACAGCCAGCAACGGGACAAAGCCGUCUCCAGGCGCUGCAGCAGUAGAGUCUUCACCUCAGCCCCAGACAUGUUCUCCUCCCGCGAAAAGCCUUUCUAUGUUCCUAGGCUGGAUAACAGUAGACUCAUAGAAGUUGUUCCUAGGGAUUUAAACAUGAAAGGCAAAUUCAUUCAGCAUUUCACAGCAGGACAAGUCAAGUUCUCGUCGGAGUGCAGGACGCACUUUCAUAGACUUUAUCACAACACAAGGGAUUGCUCAAGACCAGCAUAUUACAAAAGAUGUGCAAGAUUGCUAACACGAUUAGCAAUGAGUCCGCUCUGCAUGCAAUCGUAAAUAUUGCAUGUCCAAAUAAUGGGAGAGGCAUCAAUGUGCUGCCAAGGAAGUGCCUUCUAAUCUACAGCAGUUAUAUGAACAUUGUUGUGUUUAUAACGUUUAUUUUGGUUGUUCUUGUCAUUAUUGAAAAAGCUCAUGGACAUUGUUUUUGCAUUUUAUUUCAAUAUACCUGUAUAAGACAUCAAUUUAAAUACACCUAUUUAUUGAAAGGGUAUUGCUUGUAACCCUUUCACAAUAAUUUAAAAUCUUAUUAUUUUGGUAGGAAAAAUCAUAUGUGAUGGACAGCGUUAGUUUCUUUUUUCUCCUUGCAUAUGAAUUCCUUUCCCACUAUAAUGGGGAUAUUAUAUACUGUAAGAUCUGUUUAUUUGGCACUUGAGUGAUUGCUCACAAUAAAAAACAUGGAAUGACAACAGUGGUGAUUAUGAACUGCAGCAUUGAACAAUAAAGAAUACUGAAGCACAGCGUAUUUCUGCUAUUAUUGAGGAAAAGAGGAUUCAGAUUGCGCUGUUUUCUGUCUUUUAAUUGCAAUCCAACAAGUUUCACACUCCAUUAAAACUGUAUUUAAUCAUGUACAUUCUAUACUGUUUUGCGAAGGUUGU